UUAAAGUUGUAUGUGUUACUCCCGGGAAAGCUUACAUCUCCACCUCCUCGUGUAUAGUCUAUAGUCGUCGUAUAUGUCUUUAUUUGCAUUUCUCUACCUACGUUAAACCGUGAGCCUCUAAAGAAAACAUUUGAGAGCAGAAAGGUGGAGUGUACCUUAACGGGUUUCAGAGUAAAGGUGCGUCGGAGCGACAAUCACGCAGCCCGUACGGUUGAGCAUCGGUUAAUCGAUUGGAUUGGCACCCUCAACUCCAGCGUUUGAUGACUAUUAUCUCCAAGAGGUUUCUGUGAUGGAGUGGCGCGAGCAGUCUGCGGUUAGCUGUGAGGAGGCUUAUUUGGAGGCGCAGAGAUGGAUUGAGGCGGUCACUGAGAAACAAUUUGGGAGCCAAGACUUCAGAUCUGCGCUGGAGAACGGUGUUCUACUGUGCGACCUCGUCAAUAAGAUCCACCGCGGCCUCAUCAGGAGGGUCAACCGGCUGUCCACACCCAUCGCUGGCCUGGACAACCUCAACGUCUUCCUGAAAGCCUGCAAGAAGCUGGGAUUAAAGGAAGCACAGCUCUUUCACCCAGGAGACCUGCAAGACCUCUCCAGCAGAGUGACAGUCAAGCCACAAGAAACCAGUAGAAGACUAAAAAAUGUGCUGAUCACCAUUUACUGGCUAGGAAGACAAGCCUUCUAUGAUUCCUUCUAUGAUGGACCUAACUUAAACCUCAAGUCUUUCGAGGGAUUACUGGGAACAGCACUGUCCAAGGCUCUAGAGGAAGGUUCUAGCCCGAGGAGAAGCAGUGUGAGAGACAGCGGUUUUGGCGACAGUUGGUACUCUGACCGAGAGGAGCUGUUCCAGCUGAGAGGAGGAGGAAGAGGAGGCGAAGGAGGAGGAGAAGGAUACAGUAAAGAGGACUCCUCAGACAGCCUAGACUCCCUGGGCUCGCGACCCCACAGCAUCUCGUCUGACGCCACCCUUAAAGGGAGUAGCGAGGGUUGGUGCAGCGACGCUGAGGCCGACCCCGUCUGCGUCACCAUGACGACCAACAAGGACAGCCUCAGCUACCGGCGCUCGCUGACGACGCAGCCCAAGCCCGUCGCCCAGUUCAACCAGUUCCUGCCCUCUAAGGACAAGCCGUCGGGCUACGUCCCGGCGCCGCUGCGCAAGAAGAGGGCGGAGCGCAACGAGGACAACCGCCGCAGCUGGGCCAGCCCCCUGUACACCGAGGAGGACGGCACCUUCACCAGACUUCCGAGGAGUGACGACGGUAGUGACGGGAGCAAGUCGAUGAGCGACAUUGUGGACCCGGCUGUGGUGAAACAGGUCUACCGGGAAGAGAUUAAGAAGGUCCAGGAGCAGGUGAAGGAGAGCGACGACAAAUGGCAGGAUGACCUGAGCAAGUGGAAGUCCCGGCGUAAGAGCGUCAACUCGGACAUCGUGAAGAAGAAGGAGGAGCGGGAGCAGAUCGAGCAGAACUACGGCGGCGACAUCGGCAGCGGGAGAACACGCAGGUCGCUGAAGGAUAUGCAAGAGGAGAGAGCGUCUAGAGACAGCAGACGUUCCGUUGGCAGCCGCCUGAGCUCCCUCUCCUACCUGGACGAGGACGAGGACGUCUUCGCCGUGCCCAUCCCGGCGCCGCGUUCCCGCUCCCUCUACGGCCGCAGCAACACGGCCGACGACCUCUACUCCCCGCCGGAGCGCUCCCCGGCCCCCUCCCCGGCCCCCUCCCGCCCCUCCAUCCCGUCCACGGAAGACGAGGAGCCCGCCGCCCGCCCCGCGCCCGGCCGCCCCGCCUCCCCCCCGCCGCCACAGGAAGCGGCUCCGAGUCGCGCCGUGACCGGCGGUGGUACCCGCGCGUCCUCCACCGUCACCACGGUGACCAGCAGCAGCGUAAGCAGCAAUAGCAGCAGCGCGUACGCCGUCAGGAGCGCCGACCUCCCGGCCCGGCCGAGGAGCAUCAGCCCGGCCCAAGAGCCCUCGGUCACAGUCAUGGCCGACGCCGGCAAGACCCCCUCCCCCAGCCCCGAACCCCGAUCCCUCGUCUCGAAGGCCCCGGAGCCGUGGCGCCCCAAGGCGGGCGUGCGGACCGCGGAGAAGAAGGAGGCCCCUCAGCACAACCCGACCAUGCCCCCGGGGGUGUCCCGGGUGUCCGCUUCCCUUCCCAGGAGCACCCAGAGAGCAGACAGCACCACCAGGCUCAGCUCGGUCAUCAUGCCCAGGCCCUUCGGGACCCAGGCCACCCGCCUCUCCUCCCUCACCAGGGCCCCCGUGACGGUCGACUCCCACCGCCGCGUCAACGGCGACGCAGACGUCAACACCAAGUCCUCGGUGCCAGGCCGCUACCAGCAGUACAUGACCUUGGAGGACGAGGCCUCGUCUCAGUCCAGCGGCGAGGACGAGGAGGAGGAGGAGGAGGGGGAGGACGAAGCGAAUGAAGAGGAGGGGGUCGGAAAAGGCCUCAGCUCCAACAGCAAGAGUGUGUCGCAGGAGCCUCCUCGGGUGAAGAGUGAAACCCCAGCUCUGGGCAGCGAUGCCAGCCAGGAGAACUUCUCUGACAUGAGGAUCAGUCUCAACCAGAAGCCCAACAGCAGCCGAGACUUUGGUUUCCAUGCCGACUGGAGCGCCUCAGGGACCCGCGUGAAGUCCAUUCAGCCAGGCAGCCCGGCGGAGAUGCUGCGGGCUGGGGAUGAGAUUCUGAGCGUGAGCGGCCACAGAGUGGCAGACAUGAGCUAUGCAGAGUGGGGGGCCAGCAUGGAGGACGCUCUGCAGCAGGGCAGUCUGACCAUGGAUGUACGCCGUCGGGGCGGCAACAACUGGGACACAGACCGACCGGCAGCACCCUUUCAGAACCAUAAGACCAUCAAUCUCACCAGUUCGGACCAUUCAACGCUUGUAGGUGGGGUCGGCAGCAACACAAGCCCCACCAACACCAGUUUGGAUUUCACCUCACGCAAAUCCCCCGACGGCCUGGGGAUCAACGCGGCGCCCCUCCACUCCGUCGUCAAUGUGGCAACAAACGGACUCAACGGGGGUGUCCAUCAAGAGGCGGUAACCAUGAGAAAUAAAGAGUCAGAACCCAUGUCUUUGAAAAACUUAAAACGGAGGUCAGAGUUUUUUGAACAAGGAGGAUCAGAGACGGCAAUAUCGGAUAUCCCCGUGCCCGCCCUCACCCCCUCGGCCAGCCGCUGGUCCUGGGACCCCGAGGAGGAGCGCCGCAGGCAGGAGAAGUGGCAGAAGGAGCAGGAUCGCCUCCUACAGGAGAAAUACAAGCGCGACCAGGAGGAAAUGCAAGAGAUAUGGCGCAAGGACCAGGAGGAGGCUUACGACAGCAGGCAGACACAGAAGACCCAGAGCCUGGAGGUGGACGCCGCUCGCCCCUCCUCCACCACCCGCCGCUCCCCGGCCUGGGAGGCCCAGGAGGAGGAAGAGGAGGUGAGGAGAAGGAAGGAGGCGCAGGAAGAGCAGAGGCAGGCAGAGCAGAGACGCAGGCAGGAGGAGGAGGAGGAGCUGGAGCUCAGGCGCUUCAAGGAGGAGCGGGAGAGGAGAGAGCAGCUGCAGCGGCGCCGGGAGGCCGAGGAGAAGGAGAGGAGGGAGGAGGAGGAGGAGAGGAGGGAGGAGGAGAGGAUGAAGAGGACGGAGGAGUUGAAGAAGAGGGCGGAGGAGGAGAGGAAGCGGAGGGCCGAGGAGGAGGAGAGGGUGAGGAGGGCGGCGGAGGAGGAGAGGAAGAUGAGGAUGGAGGAGGACCUGAGGUUACAGAGGAGGAGAGUCGAGGAGCGGCAAGAGGAGGAGAGGAGGCGCGCCCUCGAUAAGCAGCAGCAAUGGAAACCCUCUGGCUUCCGUAGUUCCCAGUCGCACACCCUAGCUUACUCCGACAGGGAGAAGUCCAAGUCGACACCUGAGGCUCUGGAUGAUGUGGGAUUCUCCGAGAGGCGAGGUCGCUACAGGCCACAGGGGGGCUCGUCCUACUGGGCGCCUGAGGAGCGGUCGGGGAGGGAGCGCUACAGUUACUCUGGCAACCAACGGCUGGAGGCGCGGGUGACGGAGCGGAUCCUGAGCACUUCGAGAUACAGAGAGCCGCAGAGAGCGGCCAGUGGCUUGGUUGCGGCGGACCGGCCCCAGCGGCGCAGCCAGCAGCAGCUCCAGACCCAGGCGGACCUGGAGCGCCAGCAGAUCCUGCAAGACAUGAAGAAGAAGACCCAGCUGCUCACCGACAACAGCUGGAUCCGCCAGCAGUCCACCUCCAUGGCCCCCAGCAAGGAGCCCGUCGACGUGCCAAUGCGCAGAGGAGAAUCCCUGGACAACCUGGACGCGCCCCGCAGCGCCUGGCGGUCGUCAUGGACACCGGGUAGCACCUCUUCCAUUCCCAGCUCCACCCGCCCGCAGUCGGCCAUCUACGGCAGCAGCGGAGCGGGAGGCGUCGUGGGCGGGGGCACGUACUACGGCGGGGGCUACCCCGCGCGCCCCGGCUCGGUCUCCGGCCCGCCCGCCUCUGCCUCCACGGGCUCACUGCGAGGCGGGGCCGCGCCCCCCGCGUCGUCAUGGCGGCAGCAGUCGCCCUCCCUGUCGCCCACCACCUCGCCGGAGCCCACGUCCGAGCCGUUCGGGCGGCAGCAGCGCAGCAGGUCAGUGAGUGGCAAGAAAAUCUGUACGUUCUGUGACAGCCCGCUGGGGAAGGGAGCGGCCAUGAUCAUCGAGUCCCUGGGACUCUGUUAUCAUUUGAACUGCUUUAAGUGCAUGGACUGCAAGUCCGACCUCGGAGGAUCGGAAGCGGGGGCCGAGGUGCGAAUACGCAACAAGCAUCUCUACUGCAACACCUGCUACCAGCGAUUCAAAGCAGGCCAGCCAACCUCCAUGUGAAUCGGCUGCGCUCCACCAGAUUGAUGAAGAGACUACUUUUGACAACAACCCAUGAGCAGGGCAGCGGCAGCAGCUGUGGGGGCCGGACGUGGACACCACUGUCUAUGAAGCGUGUCGUCUGAUGAAACCGUCGACGGGUUCCUCAUGUAGCGGUGUACUCUGAUGUUUAUUCAUUUUCUGCUUGAGCGUGAGAGAGGGGGUGUGGUGUAGAGGAGCCAGGCUUAUGUCCGUAUAUAUCGUGUUAGGUAUUUCAUAUUUGUACAAAAGCAUAAGGGAUUUGCAUGCAGCAGUGAGUUUUUAGCACAGAGACACUGCCCCAGCAUCGUAUAGGUUUUUAAUAAUGCAGAGGUUUUCCGAUUUCCUGAACUUUUACUGACACGGACGAGUCACCGAGUCCGUUGUUAUGGAAUUGCUGGGGGGGGGGGGGGGGGGGGGAGUCUCGCCGAUCUCGUCUCUAGGCGUUCUCCGCACUGAGAUCCUGCUAACACUAGUGCUGACUGUCAUUCCGUGGUAUUCAUUUAUGUCGUUGUGCCUUUCAUUUCGUGUCGGGGGAUUAAUGCUUAAGGAAAUAAUUUGAGAUGUCUAUUUAAAAGAUGUGUUGGAGGCUGCAUUGACGAGCACUUAUCAGGGGUUUGAACCGAGAGAUUAAGAGAUUCAAGCGAUUUUUGCAGAAGAAAAAUAUGUUGUGUAUGAUGUUGAAAUGGUUGUGAGGCAAGCUUACUUCGGUAAAAAAAAUUAUGUAAAUAAAUGGCCAAAUACUGAA